AUGCCCUAUGCCAACAAUGCUACAAUAACAACAGAAUUAUCAUCAUGUAGUCAAAUAGUGAAUGUAACUCAAACAGUACAAGAUCUUUAUAAUUUAUAUCAAAAUAAAAGUUCAAGUUUAGUUUCAAGUGUAUUUUAUAAUAUUUCAAUUACUAAUUUCAAUUGUACGACGCAGUUAGAUAAAUAUUUUGAACAAGUUAUAAUAUUUACACAAUCAAUAUCGAUUCGUAUUCAAGUAGCAUUAGUUUCAAUUUAUUUUGAUUAUAUUACUGGAAAUGGAUUUUCUAUCAAUGGGUUUUUCAUUGAACGAGAAAGGCCAAUUUAUCUUUCAUCAAUCAGUUUAAAUUAUAGUAAAUUAUUCUCAACACCAAAUUCAUCAGUUUUAAAUUCAUGGCAAAUUGGUCUCAUAUGUAGUUUAAGUGGUUUCAUUUUAUUAAUUUGUUUUCUUCUUGUUGGAUAUAUUUGUCGACGCCGUUCACGUUCGAAACAUUUUACUUUAACACCAGUCAAUUUUUUUGAUGAUAUGAAAUCACUGCAAAAAAAUGGAAUACCUCUUGGUGAAGCUUUUCAAAGAGCCGCUACAAUUGUACAACCUAAACAAAGAAAUAACAUGACGAUUGCUUGGAUUCAUGAUGAUAGUGAUAAAAAUACUACUAUUAAUAAAAAAAAUUAUAUUAAUGUAAAGUCAACUAGACCUUAUUAUCAAGGAACAUUUAUUGAUCAUGCUAAAAUUCAUGAUUCAGUUUUUCCUUCAAAUAUUUCUAAAAAUUUACUCAAACCUAUUUAUGUUUCAAAUAACCAUAUUCAUCCCUUAGCAUCAAAAAUACAUUCAAUAGCAGUUAUUGCUCGACCUGUAUCUGGAACAUCAAAGAGUCAAUUAAAGUCAAUAAUUGGUCAAUUAGAAGAGGACAAACUUGAUCCAUCGGAUAGUAUUUCAUUACGUCAGUUGAAUUCAAUCAAUGCAAAAAGGCUGAGUACAUCAAUGUCAGGACAAUAUGCAAAUACAUUAUCGCUUGAUGAAAGUUUGCAUGACGAAGAUGCCUGGAUGUCUAUUUUAGACGUAGCUAAUGCUGAACUUGAUAUACUCAAUCGAUUAGAAAAUGAACAAAAUCGCAUAAAAACAAUAGUGUGA